AUGCGCUGCCACGAGCCUAAAUUUACUGAGAAAGACAUCCCUGACUUGACGGGGUACGUCGCAAUCGUGACUGGAGGAAACUCGGGCAUCGGCUACGAGACUACAAAUCAGCUUGCCCUUCACAAUGCGCGCGUUUACAUCGCCAGUCGUUCCCGAGACCGUGUGAAUCAGGCAAUCAAACGAAUGUCGGAAGAUGCCAACGGACAGUCGCUCGACCUUCACUUCCUCCAACUAGAUCUCAUGGAUCUCAAGUCUGUCAAGGCUGCAGCGGAACAUUUCAAGACGCAGGAGCCACGCCUAGAUAUUUUGAUCAACAAUGCUGGCGUCAUGACUGUCCCAUACCAACUCACAGUCGAUGGAUUCGAGUCCCAAUGGCAAGUGAACUACGUAGCGCCGCACGUCCUGACUUCUAGUCUCAUGCCACUGCUAUUAUCAACAGCUGCCACAGCUGGAACCAAGGAUCGGGUCAUCCACUUUGAUGAUGUCAACAUGACCUCAACCAAGGGAAUGAUGGAGCUAUGGCAACGAUACGGUCAUUCCAAGCAAGCUAGUAUUCGUGACGCGAAGGAGAUCAACGAUCGCUUCAGCUCCCUUGGGGUGACUGCAUACUCACUGCACCCAGGCAUUGUGCGCUCCAAUCUCCAAAGCCAUGACACGACCGUGGUUGGGACCGUUGUCCGAGCUGUGAUCAAGGUCACUCCUCACAGUACUCCUCUGGAGGGAGCCUACAACUCGCUCUUCUCCGCCACCAGCCCCCUUGCACCGGCCAGCGGACAGGGCAAAUUCUUCAUCCCUGUUGGCAAGCUGGAGUCGCAGGCGGACAACUGGCUCAACGACGUGGAAACAAACGGACGAUUGUGGCAGUGGGGCGAAGAGCAGCUGGCUCGGCUGGGUUAA